AUGAAGAUCACUGUCAUGACUGCUGAUGAACAAAUUCUCAACUUGGAUGUCGAUCCCAACGAAUCUGUUGAAAACGUUAAAGCUUUGCUUGAGGUUGAGACAAGUGUGCCUAUACAGCAACAACAGAUUCUUUUCAAUGGGAAUGAGGUUAGCAAUUCUCAGAAAUUGAGUGCCCUUGGUGUUAAGGAUGAUGAUUUGCUAAUGAUGACGAUCUCUAGGGCUGGUGCCGGUGCUGGUGCUGUUGCUUCUAGUGGAUCUGCCAAUGAUUUGCGCUUCAAUACUGAUGGAUCUGCUAUAAACCCUGGUGCUUUCCAGCAGCACUUUAGACGCGAUUCUAAUUUGAUGGGUCAGCUCUUCCAGAAUGAUCCGGAGUUGGCACAAGUUAUUCUGGGGAAUGAUCUCAAUAAAAUCCAGGAAAUUUUGCGAUUGCGUCAUCGCCAAAGAGAACAGUUACGGCGUCAGAAAGAAGAAGAGAUGGCUCUUCUUUAUGCCGAUCCCUUUGAUGUUGAAGCACAAAAGAAGAUUGAAGCUGCCAUCCGCCAGAAAGGAAUUGAUGAAAAUUGGGAAGCUGCACUUGAACAUAAUCCUGAAGGUUUUGCAAGAGUGGUCAUGUUGUAUGUUGAUAUGGAAGUUAAUGGCGUACCAAUGAAGGCAUUUGUUGAUAGUGGAGCACAGUCUACAAUUAUAUCAAAAACCUGUGCUGAGCGUUUAGGAUUACUGAGACUUUUAGAUCAGCGUUACAAAGGAGUUGCUCAUGGAGUUGGCCAAACAGAAAUCUUGGGUAGAAUACAUGUAGCUCCAAUCAAGAUUGGGAAUAUAUUUUACCCUUGUUCAUUCUUAGUGCUGGAUUCCCCCAACAUGGAGUUUCUCUUUGGGCUGGAUAUGCUCCGAAAGCAUCAGUGUAUAAUUGAUUUAAAAGAAAAUGUUUUGCGAGUUGGUGGAGGAGAAGUUUCAGUGCCGUUUUUGCAAGAGAAAGACAUUCCAUCUCGGUAUUUAGAUGAGGACAAGUAUUCCAAGGAAGCUUCAAGCUCAAGAGUCCCUCCCCCAGUUACAUCAGGGAGCAAUAAUUCAUCGCAAGGAGGUGGUGCUUCUGGUGGCGACAGGUCUAAGGAUUCUGAAUUUGAAGGCAAAGUUGCGAAGCUUGUUGAGUUAGGAUUUGAAAGACAAGCAGUUAUAGAAGCUCUUCAACUAUUCAAUGGCAAUGAGGAACAAGCAGCUGGGUUUCUUUUUGGCUGA